AUGGGGAUAGAUUACUAUGGCCUGCUGUCGGUCCCGAAGACCGCAACCGACGACGAGCUGAAGAAGGCCUACCGCAAGCUCGCCAUGAAAUGGCAUCCCGACAAAAACCCCGACAACAAGGAAGCAGCGGAGGCCAAGUUCAAGCAAAUAUCAGAAGCAUACGAGGUUCUCAGCGACCCAGAGAAGCGGCAGAUCUACGACCAGUACGGAGAAGAGGGCCUUAAAGGAGGCGUACCUCCUCCCGGCGCAGCAGGCGGCGCCGAUGGCGGCGGGUUCCCCGGCGGCUUUCCCGGCGGACCGGGCGGCGGCGGCGGCGUGCGCUUCCGUACGUUCAAUCCGCGAAACGCGGAAGACAUUUUCGCCGAGUUCUUCGGCGGGUCGAACCCGUUCGGCGGCGGCGGAAUGGGCGGAAGUUCGUUCAGCGGGUUUGGCGGGCCGGGUAUCCGCGAGAUGUUCGGCGGAGACGAAUCCCCCUUCGCGCGUUCCCCCAUGGGCGGAAGCCCCAGGAGCCCCAGAAAGCCGCCUCCUGUGGAGAACAAGCUUAUGUGCUCUCUCGAGGAGCUCUAUACCGGAUCCACGCGGAAAUUGAAGAUCUCGAGAAACAUCGCGGACGCCAGCGGAAAAACGCUGCCCGUGGAGGAGAUCCUGACCAUCAAUGUGAAGCCCGGAUGGAAAAAGGGCACCAAGAUCACAUUCAAAGAGAAAGGCAACGAGCAACCCGGCAUGCUUGCAGCAGAUCUAACCUUUAUCAUCGACGAGAAACCCAACGAUAGGUUCACGCGCGACGGCAACGACCUGAUUUACACCCAGAAAUUGAGCCUGGCGGAGGCUUUAACCGGUUACACUGUGAGGGUAACCACCCUGGACGGGAGGCGGCUGGAAGUGCCUGUAACGGAGGUGAUUUCACCGGGGUAUGAGAAGGUGGUUGCAGGCGAGGGUAUGCCGAUGAAAGAGCCUGGGAAAAAGGGGAAUUUGCGGAUUAAGUUUGAGGUGCAGUUCCCAAGGCGAUUGAGUGCGGAACAAAAGGCACUCGUGAAGCAAGCGUUGGAUCGUUGA